AUGAUAAAUCAUAGUGCUAUUUCUUUAGAUCUCAAAGCACAUAAUCAUAAUAUUUAUGAUAAUUUUUAUUUUAGCGAAUUAUCAGAUGAAGAUAAUGUUUCUUCUGAGAACAUUCAAGAAAGUUUGACAUCACUUGUAAAAAAAUUGAAAUGGAAAAUAGCUAAUAAAGAUCGAGAUAAAGAAAAACUUUUCAGUGAUUAUGAGAAUCUGCAACAAAAGUACAAUACAUUGUUAUUAUCCUAUGAAUCUCUUCAGGUAUCUUCAUCAAAACAGUUGGCAGAUAUGAAAGCAAAAUUAUUAUCUCUUUCUUCCGAAAUGAAUAGAAAUAUGAAUAGUCUCUAUGAGGAAUUGGAAAUUAAAACAUUGCAUCUCAAUGAAGUGAAACAAAAACUUGAAAAAUUUAAAAAAGCAAAUCGUAUAGCUAAUGAACAUAUUGAAAGCCUUCAAAUAGAAUUUAAUCGAGAAAGAAGUCGUUGGGAAGAAGAAAAAAUAAAAUUAAGUUUAAGUUUAAGUAAAAAUUCUCUCAAAAAAAACGAAAUAUUAGAAGAGUUUAUGUUAUUGCAUAAGUAUUUUGAAAAUAUAAAGCUCGAAUCUUUAGAAACAAAGGAAAACUCGUCUGUUGGUGCAGCAUCAUCUAUUAAUAUUAAAAAUGAUGGCAUCAUUGCAUCAUCUUUUGAUAAUUUUUUUCCAGGUCAAAGUCUUGCAACAGAAUUAGGUUUGUGUUCUGAUAAGGAUAAAAAUUCGAAUUCCGAAGCAUUUAUCUCAAUAGAUUUUUUAGAUAUAAACAAUUCUUCUGUUUUUUCCAAAACAUAUACUUCUGACUGCCAAGUAGAUAAAAUUUCUCUACCUCUAAAAGAAUCUAUUCUAAAACCUUCUUCAGAAGAUGUUAUUUAUUCUCCUACAAAUAUCAAUACGUCAAUUACAUCAUCUACAAAAAUAAUUGAAGAAAAAGUUUCUCAAUUGACACUUUCUACUCAAACUCUACCAACGAAAAAAACGUCUAUGUUAAAUAUGAUUCAAAUAUGUACAAAUUAUUCAUUAAAUUUCAAAAAUCCACAUUUAUUUGAAUCUGAAAAAUCUAAAAACUAUCUUUUAAAGAAUAAAAAGCCUUGUGUUUCUACAGCUACUUAUUUUUAUAAACAUCAAAAUUCUAGGAUUUCUCCACCAUUGCCUAUUCCUAUCAGAAAAGCUUCUCUUAUUUUCAAAAGCAUGUCAUAAUAAUAUUUUUUUUGGAUCAUUUUAAAACUCUAUAAUACAUCAAGCAUUCUUCAU